UAUUUGGGACACAGUUGUUAAUGGAAGAAUUCAUGUAUAAAUACAAAAUAAGAAAGGCAAUCUAAUCUUUGAGGAAAUGGCAGGAUUCCUAGACAACUUCCGGUGGCCAGAAUGUGAGUGUAUUGACUGGAGUGAAAGAAGAAAUGCCAUCGCUUCCAUAGUUGCAGGCAUAUUGUUUUUCACAGGUUGGUGGAUAAUGAUAGAUGCUGCAGUAGUUUACCCUAAGCCAGAACAAAUGAACCAUGCCUUCCAUACCUGUGGGGUGUUUUCAACACUAGCUUUUUUCAUGAUAAAUGCUGUAUCAAAUGCACAGGUGAGAGGAGACAGCUACAGUGACGGAUGUUUAGGAAGAACAGGUGCUCGUGUCUGGCUCUUCAUUGGCUUUAUGUUGAUGUUUGGUUCACUUAUUGCUUCUAUGUGGAUUCUUUUUGGAGCAUAUGUUACACAGAACACUAACGUUUAUCCUGGAUUAGCAGUGUUUUUCCAAAAUGCGUUGAUAUUUUUCAGUACGCUGAUCUACAAGUUUGGAAGAACAGAAGAGUUAUGGGGAUGAGAGAUCACGUAUAGCAUUGUCUAUGCCAUAGUUGCUAUGUCGUACUAUGUAUGUAGAUAUAUUUACAUUUAUUUGUUCUUGUUUUGCUUUCUAAAUUGUAUGAACUGAGACAAAUUCCGGUUUUCGUAAUAAGCUCCCUCUUUUCACAGGACAGACUUGUGAAUAUGUACAUAUGACUGUAUAUAUCUUAAAAAGGGAACGCCAGGCUUUCUUUCUGAAGUCUUCGGGCUCAUUUCUUCAAAUACAUGGGUUUCCAUCAGCUCCCAAGACUUGAUCUUACCAAACCUUCACAUGUGUCAGAGACUUCAGUGGCGAUAUUAGUGAACAAGCAGGAU